AUGCAAGAAGAGCAGCAGAAAGAGCUUCUUCAAGAAAUGGAUACUAUGAUGAAGGAUGAGAUGUACGUUCCUUUCAAUGACUUUCUUGGUUAUGUCUCAGAAGAAUACCAUCAAAAAAUUGCAAGACCCAUUGAUUUAAAUACUGUCAAAGCAAAUCUUGAAAAUCGUCAAUAUCAUCGUUAUAUCGACUGGUAUCAUGACAUGGAAUUAGUCUUCAAAAAUACUAUCGAAUUUUACAAGAAUGAACAAUUUUCGCCAUAUCCACCAAUGGCAACAUAUUUACUAAGCAGAUUACAAGAAAAAUUUGGUCAAAGUACAUAUUCAAGUAUCAAUGAAUGGCUCACGGCCAUUUCAAAGCAAAUGAAUGAAAUUUCAGAACUUUUAGCAAAGAGUCCAGUACCACAAGGAAUUGAUCCUAUGAUACCUCAAAUUAUAAAGACUACUGAAAACAAACCAGAACCAAAUGCCAAUGAAAAGGCUUAUAUGGCUGAUCAUUUCAAUAAAGUUUUAGACGAUCCAGAUAUUCAUAGAAACGUACACUAUAUCAUUAAAACUAUUAAUCCUACAAUGGAAAUUACAGAUAAAUUAGUUAUUGAAAAUUUGAACGAGCAUACACUUUGUGCCCUUCAUCUCUAUAUGGAGACAGUCUGGAAAAUUAGUGCCAAUGAUUCUGUUUAA